CAUACAGAAUGAGGUUACACGUCCUUUAAAGAACAAGACAUCAGCUUGAGCAGGUGUCUUCAUCAUUACAGCUCUCACACACGCUCAUAUCAAAGUGAUAAUGUCUCACUCUCAAACUGAACUGACUCAAAAUCCUCUGGAGAAGAUCUGGGUGCCGUGGAUGAGCAACAGACUGAGACGCAGGAGAGGCUCGUCCAUGCCGCAGUUCACUAACUCUCCCACUAUGAUAGUGAUGGUUGGUCUUCCUGCACGUGGAAAGACCUAUAUCUCAAAAAAACUCACUCGCUACCUCAACUGGAUCGGAGUUCCCACCAAAGUGUAUAACGUUGGACAGUACCGUAGAGAUGCUGUACAAACUUACAAGAAUUUUGAAUUCUUCAGCCCCGAAAACGAAGACGCAAUGAAGAUUCGCAAAGCAUGUGCUUUGGCGGCAUUGAAGGACGUGUGUAGUUACUUCACUCAGGAUCAUGGACAGGUGGCGGUGUUUGAUGCGACCAACACGACAAGAGAUCGCAGAGAAUUGAUUCUCAGUUUUGCUAAAGACAACGGCUACAAAGUCUUUUUUGUUGAGUCGCUUUGCGAUGACCCAGAAAUCAUUGCCGAAAACAUCAAGCAAGUCAAGUUGAGCAGUCCUGAUUACAUAAACUGUGAUAAAGAAGAGGCCGUCACUGACUUUCUUAAGAGGAUCAACUGCUACAAACUCACAUACGUUCCCUUGGAUGAUGAGAAAGACAGGCACCUGUCCUACAUUAAGAUCUUUAAUGUGGGCAGCAGAUAUCUGGUGAAUCAGGUGCAGGAUCAUAUUCAGAGCAGAAUCGUGUACUAUCUGAUGAACAUCCAUGUCACUCCUCGCACCAUCUACCUCUGCCGUCAUGGAGAGAGUGAACUCAACCUUUUGGGGCGCAUUGGAGGAGAUUCAGGCCUUUCUGCACGAGGAAUCAAGUUUGCACCUGCUCUGGGCUCGUACAUCAGGGGUCAGUGUAUCCUGGACCUGAAGAUCUGGACCAGCCACAUGAGAAGAACCAUCCAGACAGCAGAAGCCAUCGGUGUGCCGUAUGAACAGUGGAAAGCCCUCAAUGAGAUUGAUGCUGGUGUGUGUGAAGAGAUGACAUACAAGGAGAUUCAGGAUCACUUUCCAGAGGAGUUCGCACUCCGAGACCAGGAUAAAUAUCGCUACCGCUAUCCAAAGGGUGAAUCAUAUGAAGAUCUGGUGCAGCGUUUAGAGCCUGUCAUCAUGGAGCUGGAGCGGCAGGAGAAUGUUCUGGUCAUCUGUCAUCAGGCCGUCAUGCGCUGUCUGCUCGCGUACUUCCUGGACAAAAGUGCAGAUGAGUUGCCGUAUCUGAAGUGUCCUCUCCAUACAGUGCUGAAACUCACUCCUGUGGCCUACGGUUGUAAGGUUGAGUCCAUCUUCCUGAAUGUUGAAGCAGUGAACACUCACAGAGAUAGACCUGUGAUUGAAUCCUUCACCACCCCACAGAAUAAGGAUGCUCAUUGCAGUCACAGUUCGCUGUACCGCUCCACUCGUGUCCAGCCCAUGGCCAGUCCCGUGCCCACCAGAGCUCCCCGUUUGCAGGAUCUGGGCUUGACUGAACUUAGUCUGCAGAAUGUUGAUGUGGACCGAAACACAGAAGAUGCUUUACUGACUGUACCAAAACACAACUAAAUGACAAGUGCGAUUCUCCAUGAACCACUACAUACAGGAUAUUUUCCUUAUUUAUAGAGAACUAUGACGUGUCUUUUUUUAAAAAAUAUAAUUGUGAUGAUAAUAAUGGCAAUAAUUGUGGUUUUUUAUGUUAUUAAAUGGACUAGAUGAAGUCAGGAAUAUGUCAUGUUGGUAAUGAAAUCACAGAAAUUUGUUUAAUACUUUUAUGAAAACUUGUUAAUGAGAGAAAGCCAGUAUCGCAAGAAGUCAGAAUGAUUAUUUUAACAGUUAUUUUACAUGUUCAUAAUGUUAAUUAUAUGGUAAAAAGCACAGCUGCAGCUCCUUUAUGAGACAGAUGUUGAUGACCGCUGGUCCAGAUCAUGUUUGAUGAACUUUAAAGUAAACAAGGUUCAUUCCGGUGAAAAUGGAGAUCAACAUGCAGAAAUUAAUCAACGAAUACAUGUAAAGGUUAAUAUGAAGCUGCUCAAAAUCAGGAAAGAACGUUUAACUAAUUUGAAUGCAGAAGUGACCUGCAGUACUGAUUAAGACAUAUAGUUCACAGAAUAAUUUAAAAUCUAUUACAUUUUCAGUAUUUUAGAGCAGCGAGUGAAUACAGUAUUAUUGCUGAUUCUGGAUGAAAACAAGCAGCAACUUGUAGAGUUUUACACUAAAAUUGUUGUCAGAUGAUUGUGAACUUUUUGCCUCUUGAUAGCUGGAGUGGCUGUGCACAUCCUGGAUUAUGCCAUCUCACAUCAAGCUGGUCAGAACAUCUGGAAGUAGUGAUGUACAAUUUGCAUGUGAAAUAUUUUAUGAAAAUAUGCAAUUGUUUUUAAUGUAACGUCAUCGAACUUAUGCCUGUUGUAAUGUUUUGUAUGUGCACAAUGUGCAGUUGCUUGUGUUGCAACAUUUGCAUUGAACAGUUUCUUUUAAGAAGAUAUGAUAUUUCACUUUGAUAUGGCCGCUGGUAUGAAACUAAUUUUUCUGGUUGUUCUAGAGCAGAAUAUAGUAAUUGAGAGAGAGUUCUGAAUCAGCUGCCCAUGACCUCAAGUGUACCAAAUGGUGCUCACUGCAGAGCAAAUGGGUGGAGCAUAUGUUUAGCUCCCCCUCGCUAGACGUCCAGCGAGGAGGAGCUUACAUAUUCUAGCUCCACCUCUAUGGAUCUAGUGAUUUUUCAGAAUUAUUUCUGUGACAAAUGGCAUGACUAGACAUGUGCACCCCUGCUUUCUUUUCUUCCCCAAGGUAUUAAGGCUAUGUAGGAUAUUUGUGUAUUUAUCUCAAUCAUAUAUAAUUAAUUCAUGUAAUUAAGUAUGCUCCUACUAUGCUCUUUGCUUUUAAACGUGGGAACUGAUUUGCCCUUGCAGGUGUGAUACAAAACUAAAAUAAAAUGAU